AAGCUGUCGGCAGUGAGAUCAUGGGAGAGUCCAUGCUUGGAGAAAGUAGGUUAGCAGGGUAGACUGAGAGGAAAGCAAGCGAAGAGUCAGAGCGCAGAGGGGGGGGUGCCGAUCACAACUCGUCAAACCGUGUGGGACUAUUCUGUCAGAAAAGUUCAGCCAAAUCUGUUCGCCGAGACGAUUACGAUGCGAUCCAAAGCGACUUUCUUCACUCUUUUAUUUCGCUCGGACUUGACGGAGCGAUAGAGGAGUUUCGGGUAGUUAUUUUGCAUUUUUUUGGGUCGUGCUAUACGAGAGCUGUCUGCAGCCGGGACGAAGUUAAUAUUUACAGAGCCAGAUCACCCUGGCACCUGUGUUUUUUAUCCUGCUUUUUUUCUGUCACCUACAUUAACCACAUGUAGCCGAGUUUUUAUCGUCCUCAACUAAACAAGAAAACGUCAAAGAUGAGAGCUCAAAUCGAGGUCAUCCCCUGCAAGAUCUGCGGGGACAAGUCCUCAGGAAUCCACUAUGGAGUCAUCACCUGCGAAGGCUGCAAGGGAUUCUUCCGCCGCAGCCAGCAGAACAAUGCCAUGUACUCUUGUUCCCGUCAGAGGAACUGCCUGAUCGACCGAACUAAUCGUAACCGCUGCCAGCACUGCCGCCUUCAGAAGUGUCUGGCUUUGGGCAUGAGCAGAGAUGCGGUCAAAUUUGGUCGUAUGUCCAAGAAGCAGCGCGACAGCCUCUAUGCUGAGGUGCAAAAACACCAGAAGUCCCAGGAGUGUUUGAGCUCUGGAGGCGGGGGACCUACUACUCUGUCCUUGCCCAAGGACGACAAUGCCUGCAGUGGCAGCGGCAGCGGGGAGGAAGGCGAAGAAGGUCUGAGUCGGUCCUACAGCAGCGGGGGCUCCAGCUCAACUCUCAGCGACCUGGACGACAUUGCAGCGCUGCCUGACCUGUUUGACCUGCCACUGACCCCCGAGGAGGCCAGCGAGUACUGCAGCCUGGAGCUGCUGGGCGGAGGAGCCAGUACAGGCAACACCUCCAACUCAUCGUCCUCUUCUUCUUCCUCAUCUUUGUCCAAUCAGAAUUCUCCACAGCAAACUAUGAUGGAUGGAGGGGACAGCAAUGAGCUCCAGCUCCUGCAUUCACACACUCAUACACACCAGUUGCUGGGACACGUACAUGCACUGCUGGACCAGCUGCCUGAUGACUGCUCAAUAACAGACCUUGAGCGUAUCACACAGAGUAUCGUUAAGUCGCACUUGGAGACGUGUCAGUACAGCGCUGAAGACAUGAAGAGAUUUACCUGGGCACAAUACACACCUGAGGAAACACGGGCUUUUCAAAACAGGUCAGCUGAGUGGAUGUGGCAGCAGUGUGCUCACCACAUCACCAAUGCCAUCCAGUAUGUGGUGGAGUUUGCCAAACGCAUCGCCGGCUUCAUGGACCUGUGCCAGAACGAUCAGAUCAUUUUGCUAAAAGCAGGCUGUCUGGAGGUCCUGCUGAUACGUAUGUGCCGAGCUUUCAAUUUCACCAACAGCACCAUUUUCUUUAAUGGGAAGUUUGCCCCGGCUCACCUCUUCAAAGCACUUGGUUGUGACGACUUAGUGAGCGCAGUGUUUGACUUGGGGAAAGGACUCUGCCGUCUGCAGCUGUCAGAUGAGGAAAUGGCUCUUUUCAGUGCUGCCGUCCUUUUGUCUCCUGAUCGACCCUGGCUAACAGAAGGCCAAAAAGUUCAGAAACUUCAGGAGAAAGUCUACCUGGCUCUGCAGCACAGUCUCCAUAAGAGCGGAGCUUCUGAUGAGAAACUGGACAAGAUGGUGUCCAAGCUGCCCAUAAUGAAGUCAAUCUGCAACCUCCACAUUGACAAACUGGAGUUUUUCCGUUUGGUCCAUCCGGAGACCGCCUACAGUUUCCCACCACUGUACCGAGAAGUGUUUGGCAGCGAGAUGUCUCUGCCCGACUCCACCAACAGCUAGAGAGACAAAAAGUCAAACCAGACAAGAUGGAGAGAGUUUAUUUUCAGAGGUAGGGAAGCAAAAGGAGAGACAGAGUAGGAUAGAAAUGUUGAAGCCUAACAACAACCAGCAGUAUCGAGACAAUCCAGGACUUUAAAUACUCCGUCUCCCAUGAUCCCAAAGUAGUCCUCCACUUUCCCAGCAGGCUAAAGCACCUUACACUACAGACCACACAUGCUCAUGGUCCUCUGCGUAUUGUAGCAUUAAAUAAAAGCAGAAUGGGCACUGUAGUAUUAACACAGCAGCCCACUUAGCAUGAGACAGCUCCAAGCUAAAACACUUUUGAACAUCAGAUCCACGGUGGAUCACCCAAACAUUUAUGAAUGUACCUCAUCGAUCAGCACCAGUGCACCAGUAAGAACCUAUCUGCAGUGAAUGUACAACCCUGCCACUCUGAGACAGAGUUUCACACGUAGUACCAGAAUGAAGUCAUGUUGAUCAAAAGUUCUCACAAUUGAUGCAACUCUCAGUCAAUAAAUCUUUUUAUAAUAAUACUUCUCAGUAUGGUACACUUGUGUAUCCAUACAGACAAUAUCCUUGUACCGACCAUUGCUUAGGGACCAAGAUCAUGAGUCAUUUUCCCAAAUCUAAAAAUAAAAACUCACAGAUAUGACAUGACUCACAGCUUCGGCUUACUUCCGUAAUAAGCAUAGAACCAGUCUCACAAACAUUUAGACAGUGUUCGGUGCUGCCUCUUUGUAGGCUCUUGUAAUGCAAUGACAAACCUCAGUCCCACACACCCCUUUCCUUGUAAAUGCCACUUAGAGACAGGAAAAGAUGAAAUUAUCUUUAAUUUAUAUACACAUUUAUAAACAAAUAUUUUAAAUAAGAAUGUAAAUAGAUGACUAUAUAAGUGUAUGGAGAGUGUUAGAAUGUGUGAGUUCACUUCAGCAAGAAAAGUGGAGGGUGAGAUGUUAGAGGGAGGAGGAGAUGGAUGACGUACGGAGGCAGUGUUUUUUUUGUUUUUGUUUUUUUUGGACUCUGGACUAUUCCCUCUUUUAACAGUACUCUCAGGUUUCCUUGGCAACAGCCCCCUUCUUGCCCACGACGGCAAAACCCCAUCUGGGUAAAGUGCGGUCAAGCGAGGGGAUGGACAUUUGUUGCAAAUGCGACGCAGCAGGGGGAGGCAGCAUACUCAAAAAAAAGAAGGCCAAAAUGACACAGCCUUUGUUGGUGCAUUUCAACUGAGAGAUAUCAGUUUGCACUAUUGCUGCCCGCCCCCCUGCCUAAAGAGACAAGAGGAUAAACAGGACCCUAAGGAGGAGAGCACGCACUGCAGAAGAUGACUUCAUGAACUAUAUGAUGAACGGGGAUACACAGGGUUUCCCCACCUGUUUCUAACCAUUAAUCAGUACCGUAGGUGUAGUAUAUUUGUCUUUCAUUCAUAAUGUUCAUUUUGGUUAAAAACUUGGAUGAUGAUGGUCCAUAUGUAUCAUAAACCCUCCUCACUGGUUGGAGCAUCUGUAUUAUUUUGUACAUUUGCUGUUCCUCCCUUUAGUCCCAAACCCAAUGCCUAUCCAAAUACCAAGCACAUAUACUUUUCCUCUUUCUCCCUGGACACCAGUCUAAGGCCAGAUAGAGCUACCAGCUGCCCCCUGAGUUGGGCCUCAAAGCCAGUAAGACUUAUGGGUUUUAGUCAGUCUUUUCUGUUGUAUUUGUUUUUAAUUCCAUAUUUGUCACACAAAACCAUCCAUAACUGUAUACAUUUAUCAUGUUCAUAAAUAAACACACUUCCUGCAGGUCGUUCUAACAUUAAUAUGAUGGUAAUAAUGUCUUACUCGGGGUGCUGUGAAGUUCUUGAGCAGAGUCUGCGGACCUGCUGCCUGCCGCUCAGGGAGCUAGCUGUGAUCUCUUCUUGUCCCUUUAUUACCAGUGUCGUCUUUUAGCCUUGUGCUCCUCACACCUUUGCACCUAAGAUGAGACCCAUAACCAUAAUCACUGUGGACGUAAGUUCUAUUUUUGUGAAUGUUACUCACAAAGUGUCAAAGCCCUUCCUGUUGGUCCUAAUAUUGUAACAUUACAUUUUUUGAGACAUAGGACUUAAAAGACCAUGAAUAAAUCAGUUAGCAUUAAAGAUGAACUUUAUUAUUCGGGUUAAAUGUUUCUUUUGCUGUGAUUUACAUUUAUUUGUCAGUCUUUUAUCCACCUUUUUCUUUAAGUGUCUCCACUUUUGUCUUGUAAAGUCAGUGAUCUAUUUUUUUUAAGUGCAGAAAGAUUAGGACAAGUACAAACGAAAAAGGAUAGUUUGUUUCCCUUCUCUUUCCCUGUAUGACAAAAUGUACAAGAGGUAUAUUACUAGUCCAAGAGUAACUGAGUCACACAGCGCGAUAUAUAUUGUUGUCCAAUGGGAUACAUUAUAUGUGGUUUUAAGAAUGUAAUAAAUGGUUUCCUUUUCUUUUAAAAUGUU